AUACGGAGAGCCGACGAAGGAAACAGCCGAUAUUAGCCUGUUAGCUAAAGAAAGCUGCCGCUUACACUUAACUCACACGGUGCGAUGUUUCGUAGGAAGCUGACGGCGCUAGAUUAUCACAACCCGGGAGACUUCGACUGCACAGAUGAGACUCAGUACAGGAACUGCGUGGUGUGGCUGGAGGACCAGAAGAUCCGCCACUACAAGAUCGAGGACCGGGGAAACCUGAGGAACGUCCCGAGCUCCGACUGGCCGGCAGCAUACCAGAAGUACCUGCAGGACCUGAGCUGUCCAUUCGGGGCUCAGGAGAAGCAGGAGUCGGUGGACUGGUUACUGGGCCUGGCGGUACGCUAUGAAUACGGAGACAAUGUGGACAAGUAUAAGAACUGCGAGCCGCUGGCCGCCUCCGGCAACAGCGACAAGACGGUGGACCCUCUGCUCAACCUCGACAGUAGUUCUCCAGAUUUCAAAGCGGGAGUGACGGCUCUGGUCAACAUCCUAAAGAUCCAACGGCAUGACGACUACCUGGUCAUGCUCAAGGCCAUUCGUAUUCUGAUCCAGGAGAAGCUUUCUCCAGAAGCCAUCAGCAGAGCCAGCCAGAGCACAGAGGGUAUUCCGGUAGCUUUAGACAAGCACACCUUGGGCUUCGACACCGGAGACGCUACCCUGAACGAGGCGGCCAAGAUCCUGCGCCUGCUGCACAUCGAGGAGCUGAGGGAGCUCCAGACCCGGAUCAACGAGGCCAUCGUGGCCGUCCAGGCCAUCAUCGCCAACCCGAAGACGGACUACAGGCUGGGCAAAGUCGGCAGAUGAGAGCGUGAGGAGGAGGAGGAGAGGGGGAGGCACUGAACCACGGGAGAGUUAAUUUGUUUCUGUUGGACGUUCAUGAGUUAGUGUUUGUGAUGAGGCGGAGGAGGAGGAGGAGGUGUGGGGAAUGCAAACAGGUUUUUGAUUCAUUGCAUUUCAGCUCUCAUUGGUCUCCAGACCGAAGUCUCACCUCAACAGAAACCACAGAAGAGCUUCUUGAAUACUCACGGACAGUUCUAUUGCUAUCUUUUGUUUCCAGAGCGAACAGCGGAGGAGUGUGUCGUUUAGAAAGGUUUACGUUUGAAGCUGUGUGUGUGUGUGUGUCACUAUAAAUGCAGCCGAGCAGA